UCCAUGAUGGUAAGUUAAUUGCCUCCAACAAGCCACAGAAAGACAGGGUGUUACAGUGGCAGGAGAGAGUGAAAUUGACUGAGGUACCCCCAUCUUGACCCUUCCUCAGCUUCUUUGCUCACCCUCCACAAGCACACUGAUCUCCAUUAAAAGAGCUGCUUUCCCACUCCCUGGGAACAGAAACCGUAGCAAAGAAGGCAGGAGAGCAUGGUGAUGGGGUAGGGGGGGUGCCCACAGGAGCCAGUACAGUGGGAAGCCCUAUGCACUCUCCUCUGCAUGGCAGGAACUACUGUCCUCAGUGGUGGAUGGCAGGAAGGUCCUGGGGCAGGCCAGACAAGAGGUCAUCCUCGGGGCAAGAAAGUCUCACAGGGACUAUGGUUCCACUGAGGGCUCUAGCGCUUUACUGGCAGGAAGGAAAUGGACAGGUGUUUCCUCUUGAUCCAACAACUUUGAGGCUGGAGUGGGCAACCUGGUCCCUGGUCACAGAUGCCCUUGUGACAUCAUGGUUGUCUCCUCUUCCAUCAUCAUUCUGCCCCUCCCAGGGCUGGAGGAGCAGCAACCAAAGGGCUUGUGAACACCUGAAUCACUGUCCCCAAACCAUGGGCAGUAAAUGUUGUAAAUCUAGGCCUGGUCCAGAUACAGAUGCCCUAGAGAGAGAGAGGCUGAAGUUGCUUCGUGCAAAACUCCAGAGAGAAAGGGCGGCCAGGAAGAUCCAGGCCUGGUGGCGUGGCACCCUGGUGCGUCGGACCCUGCUGGUGGCUGCCCUCAGGGCCUGGAUGAUUCAGUGCUGGUGGAGGACGCUCAGGCUGAGACAGGUGCAUGAGCAACUGCAUAAGCUGUUGAAGGCCUAUGUAAUCCAAGAGCAGGCAGCAGUCAAGCUGCAGUCCUGGGUCCGCAUGUGUAGGUGCCAACAAUGCUACUGCCAAAUGAGCAAGGCUGUCUACAUGAUUCAGGAGCCAAAGAGCUGCCUCACCUUCCAGACCAAUGACCGUUUACAGGUAGACAAGGAAGUCUCUUCCAACCAGCUGGAGUUCCACAUCGAAAUCUUAUCAGCCUGA